GCUCUGUGAGUGAGUGAGUGUGUCUGUGUGUCCAUGGGCCAACGAGCCCAUCCGAAGUGAAGAUUGAGGAGCGAGAGAAAGGGGGACCCCCAAGUUAGACACGCCCAGUCCGUCCGCCCGGCCCCUUGGUACGCCCCCACACGCCCCCACACGCCCCCACACGCCCAUGACACAUUGGGGUUGAGUGCUCUUCCGCCAUCCGAUGGAGGUGGAGAGCGCCUUGGUUCCCGGCCUGAAUGGGGCCCAGGCCGCCACCGGCGGGUUGUCGGGCACCAGCCUGGCCCGCGCUCAGAGCAUGACGGUGGACCUGGCUUUGGCCAACGAGAUCUUUGACCGUUUUUGCAACGCCACUACGCUCAAAUUCAAGUGCUACCGAUACCUCUGCGAGGUCCUCAGGGUCAAACCCGGCCCCCUGCCUUAUUUCUAUCCACGCUUAAAGUCCAAGCUCAAGUCGUGGAAAGCGCUCGCGCUUUGGACCAAGUUUGACAAGCGGACGUCGCACAAGGUGUACAAGGGCGGCAAAGCCUGCGCCGGUCAGCGCGUGCUGGUCAUCGGCGCUGGCCCGUGUGGCUUGCGCACCGCCAUCGAAGCCCAACUCUUGGGCGCCAAAGUGGUGGUCCUGGAAAAACGGGAUCGAUUCUCCAGGAAUAAUGUGCUCCAUCUCUGGCCCUACAAUAUUGUGGAUUUGCGGGGUUUGGGCGCCAAGAAGUUUUAUGGAAAGUUCUGCGCCGGAUCCAUUGACCAUAUCAGUAUCCGACAGUUGCAGUGCAUCCUCUUGAAGGCCUGUCUCUUACUCGGUGUGGAAGUGUACGAGAGUGUCGGGUUUGAAGGCCUAGUGGAACCCACGGACAGCGAGACCGGGUGGAAGGCCCGAGUGUCGCCCGAAGACCACCCGCUCCGACAUUACGAGUUCGACCUGUUGAUUGGGGCGGAUGGGAAACGAAAUACGCUCACCGGUUUCAAGCGUAAAGAAUUUCGCGGCAAAUUGGCCAUUGCCAUCACAGUGAACUUUAUCAACAAACGCACCGAAGCCGAGAGUCAGGUGGAAGAAAUUAGCGGUGUGGCAUUCAUAUUCAAUCAAAAGUUCUUCAAUGACCUCAACGAGGCCAAGGGGAUCAGUUUGGAGAAUAUCGUUUACUACAAGGAUGAGACGCAUUACUUCGUGAUGACGGCCAAGAAGCACAGUCUCCUCGAAAAGGGAGUCCUCAUCACCAACGAGGCCGACACGGCCAAGCUGUUGGCUUCCGACAAUAUCAAUCAGGAUGCUUUAUUCGAAUACGCCCGUGAGGCCGCGGACUUUGCCACCAACUAUCAUUUGCCUCAUUUGGACUUUGCCGUGAAUCAUUAUGGCAAGCCUGACGUGGCUAUGUUCGAUUUCACCUCCAUGUUCCAGGCCGAUAACUCUUGCCGUGUGACGGAGCGACACGGACAUCGUCUCCUGACGUGCCUAGUAGGAGAUAGCCUUCUCGAGCCUUUCUGGCCUUUGGGAACCGGCUGUGCCAGAGGCUUUUUUGGAGGGCUCGACGCUUGUUGGCUCAUGAAAUGCCUUUCCUCGGGUAAACAAGGAUUGUUGGAGGCCGUAGCUGAGCGGGAGUCCAUUUACCGGAUACUAGCCCAAACCACCCCCGAGAACACGUGCAAGGAUUUCUCGUCCUAUACCGUGGACCCGACCACUCGAUACCCCAACCUCAAUCGGAAGUUGGUGCUGCCCAUGCAAGUGGUCGGUCUCGUUGAUACCGACCAACCUGCUCUGCUUGAGGAAGAACUAGAACAAUUGAAACGAUCCCCAUCGGGUAAACUUCUGGCCGAGGAACAGGGCGGAUCUUCCUCUGGCCGGAAGAAGCGCCGGAAAGAGAGCACGGCCAGUCCAGACACGCUCUUGGCCUGGUUCCAGAAGCAAUUGGAGUCCUACGACUGCAUCGCCAUCCACGAUAUGACCUUCAGCUUUCAGAAUGGCCUGGCUCUUUGUGCAAUCAUACACCGCUACCGACCCGAGUUGAUCGAGUUUCAGGCUCUUGAUCCGUCUCUGUGGGCGGAAAAUUGCCAAUUCGCUUUCGAUGUGCUCGACAACGACCUCGGGAUCCCGCCCAUCAUGACGGGGAAAGAGCUGGCGGGCUCCAAGAACCCGGAUAAGCUCACCAUGAUCUCGUACUUGUCGCAAGUGUACGAGGUGUUCAAAAGGGACAUCCCCGUGGUCAAGAGUUCGAAGUUGGACGCCUCGGAUGACGAUUUACUGGAUUCCCAGUACCGCUAUAAUCACCACCAAAAAGCUCCCAAGUCCGGCCGACCUUGGGAUAAGAACAAGAUCUCGAUCGGCGAGCUCGUGGCCAAUGAUGCGGAGGCGAAUUUGAACUUGCGGAAGAAGAAGCGCCGUUCUCGGGAGGAAGACCCGCAAUCUUUGCAAUCCUUCCCGGAAGAGUCUUCUCCGAAUAAGGAAAACAUCCAAGAGACCCAGAGAAUGAACCGCUCGGCCGAUAAGAAGCGGGUGUUAAAGCUCAAGGAGAAGGCCGAGGCUGGCCAUGAAGUCAAACAGCGAACCCGAGAUCAACAGCAACGAAAGUCCAUCAAGGAAGAGGAGCGCUACAAGAUCAUCGAGGAGCAAUUUGAGGGGGGAUCCGCUCGUCAUCGUCGAGCGCGAAACGACAAUGUGAGCAAGUAUCGGGAGAACAAGAAACCCAAGGACCUGAAGCGAUCCAUUGGACGAUUGGACAAGGACGACUGGCACAUCAAGAACAUCGAGGAAAAGAUGGAGAAGGAGAGGAAGCAGAAGACCAUCGACAAAGGCUCCAAGGACAAAGUUCCCCGUUGGUCCAAGGAAGCCUUCAUGGACAAAAGGAACAUCAUCAAGGGUAAAUUGGAGGCCUCGCCCGAUCUGUCCGAAGAGGUCAACGCCAAAUAUGCCGAGGUCGAUUCCUCCUUGGCCAACAUACAGAGGAGACUGGCCGAGGGCAAUAACCUCGAAAUCGGGGAACGCGGCUCGAAUCGAGUCUCCGCUAUCUGUGGCGAGUUAUUACACGACGAUUCCGGUGACAAGGAGUUCCAACCCGAGCAUCAUGUGGAAAAGAAGGAAUAUGUCCUGCCCAACCCCAAAGGCGGCGGUUCGGAAACGUGCCAUUUCUGCGGGAAGCGGGUUUACGUCGUGGAACGCAUGAGCACCGAGGGCAAGUUCUUCCAUCGGUCCUGCUUCAAAUGUGAUUACUGCAACGUCCUUUUGCGUCUGGGAUCCUACGUUUAUCAACGCGAAGGUCUUUUCGAAGGGAAAUUCUUUUGCUUGCCUCAUUCGACGGAGAAGAACUUGGAGAAGUUCCGUUACAAAAAGAAGACGGAUGAGCUCAAGGACCUGGAAAAUCGUCAGAAAGAACUCCAGCGAAAUCACCAAACCACUCAUGACUGGGACAAGAGCUCCUACCUCCGAUCCCUACCAGCCACUCACCGAGAUCGCCUCUUGAAUCAUGAUCGCCGUGGUUCAACCCCGGAAAGGGUCGAGUUUGAGGCCUCGGUGGACCAUAUCUCGGAGGAGGAAGUGCCAAGUAUCAUGGAUGAAGAUGAAUGGACCGAUCGGAACUGUCUGCAGCAUGAAUCGUCCAAGAUCAAGGACGGCGAGCCCGACGAUCCCGUGGAUACAUCCGAGGACUCGUUCUCCGACCUGAACUCCGACACUUCCGACGAGGAGGAUGACAUUAUGGGAAAAGGAAACCGAUCAACCAAGGUCAAGAAGAGUGGGGGUCCCGAGGAUCGACCUUUGACGGCGGAUGAAACGCGAUUGCUCCAGAAGGAAUGGAUCAAGAAAUGUGAUCUCUUGGAGAGUGGAACCAAAAACAAGAAACCCGAGGUCGACAGCAAUCAAUCUUCUAGGGCAUCGCGGACCUCGUCGGAAUCCGAGGACUCGAGUGAUGUUUCCUCCUCCGAUUUGGACGAGGAUGACAGCGAUUACGACGGAGAAUAUGAGUCCACCUCGGAAGACGAAUCCGGACCGGAAGAAAACGAGAGUUCUGACGGAAGUAAGGCGCUCAAGCUCCCUCCCAAACCGCCAAAACGACGAGAAUCUCGCCAACGAAUGCGCCGCCAUGGUGGAGCCGUGGUUGAAGAAUCCGAUACUAGCACUGAAGUGGGUUCCGAGGACUUGAGCUCGGACGACGACGACGAUGACGACGAGGAGACAGAUUCCGAAGACUUCGACCUUUCCAGUGGAACGGCCACUGAAUGUGAAUUCACCGAUUCCGAAGGCAAACCCAAUCCGUUCCAUAAGCAAUUGGAGCCCCCCAAAAUCGUGAUUCAACCCGGGUCCCCCUUGCUGAAGCAUUUGGACGGUCGGGUUCGGCCUUUGCUAGACAAGGGCAAAGAAACCGGUCCCAAGGCUUAUGAUCCGGCCAGUAUGAGCAUUGCCGCCCACUACCAAUACAAGACGCCCAAUUUGUCGGAUCGCUUCCGAUCCGACCAACAAAAAAGCACCAUCACCCAAGACUAUUCCACCCGCAGAGCUUUGAAUCUGAAGAAGAAUUGGGUCUCCGAGGCUCAAACCAGCGUAGCGACCAAAAAGAAGGUGGACUCGGCCGAAAUUGAUAAUCGGCUGAAAUCGCUCAUGGACCGUCUCUCUAGUCAACAGAAGCUUCUCAAACCGGCUGAGAAACCAUCCACGGAGAUGCAGCACUUCCUCACCUCCACCUCCAACCAAGUACCAAAGAGCAUGCUCAGCACAAUCAAGAGUCCAACGGCCAUUUCCCACAACGCUCCCAAUCCCGGGAAUAGUCGACCAUCCGCUGCCUAUGCCUCGCAUUAUCGCUCUGAGGUGGAACCCGUCCCCGUGCCCGUUAAGGACUUCAAAGAGGUGGAACAGAUCAUCGUCCCGGAACUCAAAGCACCCGUGGCAGCUCUCAAAACCGGGAAUGGCUCCACCUCAUCAUCCAAUGAGUCGUCCGGGUCUGGAUCCUCCCAUGAAUCGGCUCCCGAACCUCUUAUGGACCUUCCCAAUCACCUCACGAGGAAUGAAGAGAUCCAAAGUGUGUCGGUGGACUUGGGACCCGAGGAUACCGUGGAUCAUCUCCAAGUGCAAUUAGCCAACAACGACUCCGGAUCCUCUCGCGACGAAUUCGUGUCCUGCAAUGAGGAGGACAAGGACGGGGUUGAGGCCGCACACACAAAUCUGGCCGUGAUUGAUCAAUGCGAAUCAGUGAUCGAAGCCGUCAAUCUGAACGUAAGUCUGAAAAGCGAGUUCCAGACGGCGGAAAACAUUGACGAUCCCGACUCGUCGGAUCCAAAGCCCGAGGAGAUCACGAGUCCUGAUCUGGCCCACAUGAAGGCUGUAGCCACUUCCAGUCCCAUGGAUCACGACGACAUUGACUUCAUCGACGACGGGGACGUCCUCACGGAGCCCCUGACCUUCAAGACCGAAAAGCCUCCAAAGCUGAGCUUAUCCAUUCAAACGGAAGAAAUCAACAUUGACGAGCAGAGUUGUUCGCCUCCGAUCAUAUCCAAAUUUGCUAAAGAAGAGUCGGCCAGUCCGGUGAAGAAGGUCUUCUCUCCGAUUGCCAUUCUCUCCGAGGACGAUAACACAGGCAUUUACAAGGAGUCCAACCCACAACAGAGGAUGGCCAAAUACAACUCGGUCAUGCAGAAGGAGAACAGUGUGAUACAUGACAUGAUCCGGAGCCGAGUCCCGGGUCGAUCCGUCUCGGCAGCUCGACGGAAGCGAGUGGCCAUUCCGACCUCCUCCAUUCCUCCGCCGCCAGCUCAUGGACCAUCUUCGGGCAGUGAACGAGACGAAAAGAAGCCCGAAAAGAAGUUGGCCGUCAAGCCCGUACUUGUCGCGCCCAAGAGUCCAGCCAAAGGAGAGGAACCCAAAGUUGUGAUGGCUUCCAAGCCUGAGCCCACACUUCAAGGCCAGACCCCGAAAGAGAAGGAAGCUAAAGUGAUAUUAACCAAUCCCAUGGUGGUGCGAUCCCCUCCUGCUUACGCCAAAGUCAGCGAGGAUAAGCUCUUGAAGUCGUCGCCCGCCAAGGCCAAGGAGGAAGUAAUCGUGAAACUACCGGACACUCCGAUGACCAAUCCGGAAAAAUUCGGUAUCCCAUCCUAUCGACCCGAAGCUCGACCCGAAGCUCGACCCUCGAGAACCAGUACCAAAUUCGAUUCGCCCGUGAAACGAGGUGCGCUCAUGAUCAGCCCCAACAAACCGAAUGGGCACCCUCAACCCGAAUUGGCCAGCCCCACGCUGUCCUCUACCUCCAAUGACAUGGAGUACAUGGACGGUAUCGUGUCCACGGAUGAAUCGCCUUCCAAGAGUGGAAGCAGUAGUGGUGGAGGAGGAAGCAAUAGUGGGAACAACAAGAAGAACUUCAUGAAGACCAUAUCCGGGAUCUUUAGUCGGUCCGCUUCCCUCAGCUCCAUGUCUCGAACUGGACGAGGCGGAUCCAACAAUCAUAUUUCACCCCGAGUGCCUCCCAACAACACAUCCAACUCAAGCACUGCCAUUAACAAUAACACGAAAAACGAGCUCAAAGCUCAACCCCAUCAGAACUUCAAGUUUCCCAAAUUAGCGUUCCGCUCGAGCUCCACCAGCCGAGCUCUCAAUCACGCCGGUCGAACAGCCCGGCUCGUGUCGCCUAUGGAAUCACCGGGAGAAGCUCCACGUGCCGAUAUCUCUGAAUUGGGCAGCUUGGCCAGCCUCUCCAUAUCCACAUCCACGCCGAAACGUGAACCCGGAGCCUUGUUUCGAGCUACAUCCUGGACUAUGCAGACCUCGCACCCGUCCACCCCGCCUAUUCCUCUGUCUCGUAAGAUCACCUUGGGCGUCUCCAAUGCCGCUCAAAUGCAUCCCAACGGUUCGGAUGCGGAUAGCCUGAGUGAAAACGAAGAAAACGAGUCCCCGGAGAACAGCCUUGGCCCUUGCAAUCGCUUGCCGGAAACGUUCCAGGGCGGUGGUUCCCAUCAGCUUCCGCCUGAAAUCCUUGAGAAGAUCAUGAAGCGGGGCGGGAAAUCUGCCACGCGCAUAGCUCGAGUGGCCCAAUUGAAGAGGGUGCGCAAGGCACAAGAGAUCCAGCGCCAGCUUGAAGAACUGGAUGUCCAACACAAAGAUCUGGAGGAGCGUGGCAUCCGGGCCGAACAGACCCUUCGAGGCGAAAGCUUGGAUCAUCCCUUGGCCGACCAUCAGAAUGAGAGCGAUCUCAUGCAAAUCUGGUUCCAACUGUUGGCCGAGAAGAACCGAUUGGUCCGUGAGGAACAGGAGCUGUUGAUCCAAGCCAAACUCUUGGAACUCGACGACCGAUCUUCGUGCUUGGAAGUGGAGCUCAGGGAGCACAUCAUGUUGGACUCUAGGAGCCCUGAGAGCGUUCUGCGGGAAGGCGAGAUCUUGAAAGAGCUCCUCGAGAACUCUGAGAGACGCGAACAGCUGAUCGCUUUGCUGGAGAAGGACAAGCAGCGCUACCAGAAGGAGGAUAAGGACAUCGAGGCCCAGAUGUUGGCCAAGGGGCUGAGGAUCAACAAUCCAGCUGUCAGAAAACAAUUAGGGUAUUCAUAAGCGAUUGCAAUUCUCCUCCGUUCAAGUACGUCGUGUUCCAGUUGAAUCGUUGACUACCAGCACACAUACACACACAACAAGCAUUUUCAUUUCGAUGGAACCCUAUUCGAUCAUUUUGGGAGAGAAGAUCAGCAGCCUCUCCGUUCUGCUUCCUUCAAUUGUCCAUCAUUGUUUGCCAAUACUCAGAUAAUUAGGGUACGCCCUUCCAAUUGUUUUAGUCCACUACUCGCUAUGAAUUGAUGACAUAAAUAUAUUUCAUGAAAUUGGG